ACCAACAUUAAAACCAAUGAUUGUUUUUAAAAUGGUUAAUGAAUUUGCUCUUGAAUAUCGUACCACUCGUGAUAAAAUCCUACAACAAAGGAAACGUUUAGCGGAUAAACGUGAACGAAAUAAAACACGGGGUAAAAUAUGGGCAUUAGAAAAUCAAAAUGGUAAAGAUGAUAUGGAAUUGAAUGGAAAUUUGAAACAUACACCUGUACAAAUGAAUGCUGAACAG